AUGUGUGGAACAUCAAUCAUGCGCCCGCCCCCACUGGGCCAGGAGAAGAAAAUACCGAAAGUCAAAGAGAAAGAGAAAAGACGGAACUCAGAGAAACGCAAAGAGAAGUCCCGCGACGCCGCUCGGUGUCGCCGAGGGAAGGAAUCCGAAAUUUUCAACGAGCUCCUGUCUUAUCUCCCGCUGGCGAAUGAAGUCGCGAACACCCUCGACAAGAUGUCGAUACUCCGUCUCACACUCAACUCGCUCAGGUUGGAGAAGUUCAUCGAGUCGACGCGAAGAAGCUCCGUGGACGAGGAUUGGAUCAAGUUCGGGGAGUCGGAGGAUUCUCUGUGCGACGAUCCCGCGUUGAAUUUCAUGGACGGAUUCGUAAUGAUACUCGUAGACGACGGCGAACAACUCGAGCCGAUAUUCGUCUCCGAGGGUCUCCACUUGGAGAUGGGUCUGCCCGUGGCCGAAAUGCUCGGCGUCUCACUCGAGACGUUCGUUCAUCCCUGCGACUACCAGGAGCUACGCACGCUGUUCCUCGGUUUCAAAGAGAACGCGGAAUCGGACAGGAUCGAAAGAACUCUCCAAGUCCGUAUGAAAUGCACGAUCAGUGCAAAGGGUCGAGUGGUGAACAUCAAGAGCGCCGCAUAUAAAGUCGUCAAGUUCCAAGUGAGGGUUUUCAAGCGCAACGACGUGCAGUACAUGAGUGCGCUCUGCGAGCCCAUGGGGCCGUGCUUUGCCAAACUGCGGCCGACGAGGAGCUCGUUCUUGACCUCAGACGUGAAGACCUGCUUAGACUUCACGACCCAGCACGCUCUGAAUUUAGUAUUCAAAAGCGUCGAGGGUUUCCCCGAGUUCAUAGGAUUCUCGGCCGAUGAAUUAAAGAAGCUGUCGCUCUACGAUCUUAUCCAUCCCGCGGACCUUUUUGAAAUGAACGGACACUUCAAGGAGCUCUUCAGCAAAGGCUAUUGCGAUACCGGUUUCUACAGAUUCCUCGCCGGUUGCGGUGGCUAUUGCUGGAUCUCGAGUCGAGCUCAGUUGGUUCAGGAUACGACAGGGAAACCAUUGACGAUCCAGUGCGUGCACUAUUGUCUCGGGAGCACGAUAGUGGACGCGAACUGUGUGCUGGCCGAUUUCCAGCAAAUUAAACAGCAGCAAGCUCCGCGUUGCGGUCUUCCAUUGGGAUCGGAAUCGUUCCCAAGCGUGUCUCUAUUGGAAGACGGACUCCGUGAAGUCAAAAACCAAUAUGCCCAAAAACCUUCGAUUUCAUGCACAACCCCGAUUAAACCCCAAAGCCUGCGCCUGACGGCGACUUAUGUGAACGCUGCCGAGUUGAGUGCUGGUCAGCCGAGCCCUGUAGCGGUUGUAGGCCAAUCUAAAAAUAAUCAGUUGGAUAAUAAUAACACUACCGAGCGGGCUGCUGAAAUAUCGGCAUCAUCAUCGACAUCGUCGACGUUGAAGUCGCUGCCGCUACCGUCGUCGUCUUCGUCGACGACUACAUUAACGCACGCAGUAUCGGCCGCAGCAGUGCCUUCAACCGCCAGCGGACAAAAAGUACCAAGCGCAACAUCGCGCACUACCAGCAUCGACGUCGACUCGGUAGAGUUUCGUUGCAGCGGUGCCGGCCAAAUCGCGGCCACAGCGGCUUCGGAUUUAAGGACAGACAACGUGUUCCAGGAUUCGGAUAUCCAAGUGCAUCAGCCAAUCGAGGGAGUAGUUGGUGCUGGUGGUGUUCUCGGAGCGUGUUUCACCGGUGUUCAAGCGUAUCAACAACAACAACAACAACGACAUCAACAACAAGCAGAAGCGCACUGGCAGCUAGAGCGUGGACAAGUGUGCGCUAAACGUGUUGUUUCGCCAGAACCGGCGGCGGAUUGCGUUCCGGACUUGGUGAGUUCGAACGACGACGACGAGGAAGACGACGAUUGCCCAGUACUCGAGUCUCCGGCGCCUGCUUGCGAAACUAGCGACGACAGUUGCCGCAACAGCUACGGCAUCGAAGCUUCGAGCUGUGAGCAACUCGCCGAGAGCGCUAAUCGAAAGCAGCUGCUGCUCGAGAGCAGAACAAGCGAGCUUAGCCUUUAUCGGGACGAGCAGGAACUCACAAGUCAGGUGCCUUCGCCAAAGGCCAUCGGAGCAUCUACGUACAACGGAGCACUCAUCGGGCCAGACCAUCUACUAGGUCACCAUCUACACGACGAUCAGCAGCAGCAGCGGCAGCCGCACAACGAUGACGAUACCGAGAACCUGAUCGAAUCGGAUCGAGCGGACAAGUGGGAAACUCCGAUCUCGGUUUCAUCGAUCGCCGGUUCCAAGCGGUCGAGACAGAAUACAGACCCCGAAUCGGAGAGCGACUACGCGGAAACUCAGCGCUGCCUGAGCAAUAAGAACGGCAGCAGCGAUCAUCGGAGCGACACCGAGGACGACAGCAACGUCGUCGUCGCCGACGAUUGCCCGCCGCAGUCGACGUCCGUUCUCACUUCCACGCUGAGCGUUUUCGCUCCUCGAACCGAAGAAAUGUCUCCGGGCUUUUUACAGAUAAAGGGAGGCCAAGUUCUCACAUGCGAGGAGCCCGGUGCUGAUCUUACUCAUUUGGCUCCGACGGCCGGCGAUUCCGCGAUGCCCCUCGAGGUCGAGUUCGAAGUCUGUGAUGAGGUGCCGGAAAAUCUCUUCCCCAGUCUGCUCGACAGUGCCGGCUGUUCCCCGCUGUCGAGUUCUCCGCCGUACGAGGAUCCUCUACUCGGCUACUCGGAUCUUCCGCCAGCUCUGCUCGACGAUCUAUCCAUGAAUCUCCAGCUGGAAGCUGACAACCUCCUUCUUCCAAGCGACUGGCCCCUUCCAAGUCCAUCGACGACAUCGACGAGCACGACGACGUCGAAUUCCAGGAAGGGCGAUUGUCGAAAUUUCCGCAACGCCAGCAGUACAAGUAACAACUCAUCUAGCAAAUCAUCAUCAUCGGCAUUGAGCGCCUCGAGUAAAUCAAUGCUGGCUGCCUUACUUCAAAGUGACCUGGUUCCAUCGAGUGUCAGUCAGAAGCAGCGAGCUAUGGUUCACGACUGGGGUGGCACCACGCAACCUUUACCUGAAAGCAUGAAAAUGAGUCCCAAGCGGAACACGCCUGUGAAAUUCGUUCCUCAGAAGGUACACUCUACGCUCACCAUCAACGCACUUAAAAGACCGCUCUCUGUCAGCCAAAGAAACAGCACAGACCAGCUGUCGCCGCAACAUCCUCAAUCGAAUUCACAGCAGCAUCAACAACAACAACGCUCGUCGUUGGUGUGUCCGAUCAAACGUCGGAAAACCAUCGAUAGCGGUGAGCUGCAACCGAAACCGGUUGAGAAGAGCGGCAGUGUUCUGAUGAAGCUGCUCGUCAGCGGAGAAGACCUUCCCAACGGAUACUCGUGCCGGGUGCAGCAUCGCCCAGGCUGCCUCGAUAAAGACAGAGAUCUCCGGUCCGCUCAGGACUACCUUCACAGUCUUACGCAGCACGAUAACGACCCCGGCUCUGUCAGUUCGGACACGAGCGACUUCUGCCAUUUGCUGUCGGCCGAUGACGAUCUACUCCUGGCGUUGGCCGCGGUCACACAGGAAUGACAGCUCUACAGUGGCAAAUGGUGCGUCUGAAGAAAAGAGAGAAAAUGAAUUCGCCGGCAUUACGAGUGUAACAAAGCAACACGAUAAUACACAAGCAUGAACAUUGAGGAAGAGGACAGCUGCAAUAUUCCGCGAUGACGUUUCGACAUUACUCAACCAUCCUGAAAUGAUCCGAGAUAGAGAUUUGCCAUACCCGCAAUCGGUCUGACCGCUCGCUCUUCGUCGUUGGUCUCAUCUUUCGUUGGUCGGUCCUUAACUGCUUUGGUUAAUCCUUUCGUUCGCUCGUGGCUCCCUUCGUUCGUUUGUUCAAUUAUUGUUCGUUUCCCGAUGGAACCGUGAUGGUGUUUAGGUACAGGACUCGGUGGCGAUGAAUCGAGUGCUCAGUCGAAUUGAGUUGAAAUUCAGUUGACCUUGUGAGAAGUGCAGGAUAUAUACAUACGAUUUAUACAUAUAUACUAUUUGAGAGAAGGAGGAGAAGAAGACGAACGCUCUGUUGGACCCUGUCGAUGCAAGAAAUCCAAGCAAAGAUCGCAAAGGAAUCCCUUGUUAGAUUUAUUCUUGUCUAGGUAGAUUUUUAGUUUCAUCGAACUCGACUGAUUCGUAGAGAUUGUUUGACUGAUGCUUGAUGAAUAGCCCGAUUGGAUACCGACUGCUUCACGUCGAUGUUUAAGAAAAACGAAAUAUCGAAAGCAGAUAGACAAGAGCAAACGGAAACGACCAUUACGGCAAAGUCGACGAGACGGACAGAGGACUCCGCUCAUUCUCGAUUGAAUAACGCGGAGAAGGUGGGGAUUGUGGCGAACGGAACGGAAACAGAUAUGCUAUCAUCAUCAAUAACAGCUACAGCAACAAGAGCGGGAACUCGCGGCGGCAGGACCAGCAGCCGCGACGUCUACGAAGACGGCGACGAGGUCUAGAGAGCCUCGAGCGAGUGCCGAGAUCAAUGGGACGCGAGAGUCGCUCUCUGAAGAAAGAACUUAUAAGAUAAACGUUGAUAUAACGAUAAUGUCAGACUAGACCGCAACUAAAUGCGCAAUGGAUGCUACAUACAUACAGUUCUCGGUUAUGGUCGUGACAUCACUACGAAAGUUGAGAUGGUAAUUGGUUGACCGACGCUGAUUGAUGAAAUCAAACAGUUAGAGCAAUAAUAAAUGGUGUUGACGUCAAUCAACUCUUG